AUGAAGGAGGCGGACGCCAUCAAGCUGUUCAUCGGGCAGAUUCCCCGGAACCUGGAGGAGAAAGACCUCAAGCCCAUCUUCGAACAGUUUGGGAAGAUCUACGAGCUGACGGUGAUCAAGGACAAAUACACGGGCAUGCACAAAGGAUGUGCCUUCCUCACAUACUGUGCACGUGAAUCUGCCCUCAAAGCCCAGAAUGCACUGCAUGAACAGAAGACACUACCAGGGAUGAACCGCCCCAUCCAAGUGAAGCCAGCGGACAGUGAAGGCAGAGGGGAAGACAGGAAGCUGUUUGUGGGCAUGCUGGGGAAGCAGCAGGCGGACACGGACGUGAGGAAGAUGUUUGAGCCGUUCGGGAGCAUAGAGGAGUGCACCGUCCUCCGAGGGCCGGACGGCACCAGCAAAGGCUGUGCGUUUGUGAAGUACCAGAACAACGCAGAGGCCCAGGCAGCCAUCAGCGCUCUGCACGGGAGCCGCACUCUACCGGGAGCGUCGUCCAGCCUGGUGGUGAAGUUUGCCGACUCGGAGAAGGAGCGGGGGAUCCGGCGCAUGCAGCAGGUGGCCUCCCAGCUGGGGGUCAUUAGCCCCAUGACCCUUCACCUCGGGGCCUACAACGCAUACACACAGGCGUUGGUCCAGCAACAGGCACUCGUCGCCCAGUCUGCCUACCUGUCUCCGGUUGCCACGGUUGCGGCCGUGCAGAUGCAGCAGUUGGCAGCCCUCAACCCCAGCAGCAUCAUUGCUACGCCUAUCAGCUCCAUUGCCCCCUCCUCAGGUACCAACACCCCUCCCUCUAUGGCCGGCACCCCCGUCCCAGCUCUGCCUCCACCAAUCACACUCAACAACUACGCCUCUGUCGCCGCCCCACCCAAUGGGCAGUCAGCGUCUGAAGCCCUGUACACCAAUGGGAUCCACGCAUAUCAAGCUCAGAGUCCUGUCCUGGACCAAUUGCAGCAAGCCUACACUGGCAUGCAACACUACACAGCCACCUACCCGGCUGCGUACGGCCUGGUGGGCCAGCCCUUCCCCCACCAGCACACCCUUAUGGCCCAGCAGCCGCAACCCCCCCAGCAGCUACAGCAGAGAGAAGGUCCAGAGGGCUGCAACAUCUUCAUCUACCACCUGCCCCAGGAGUUCACAGACUCUGAGAUGCUUCAGAUGUUCCUGCCCUUCGGAAACGUCAUCUCCGCCAAGGUCUUCGUCGACCGCGCCACCAACCAGAGCAAAUGCUUUGGUUUUGUGAGCUUUGACAACCCCUCGAGUGCCCAGACGGCCAUCCAAGCCAUGAAUGGCUUCCAGAUCGGCAUGAAGCGACUCAAGGUGCAGCUGAAGAGGCCUAAGGAUGCCAACAGACCUUACUGAAUGGGGUCAGUGGACUGGGACAAUGCAGGAGCUCAAUUGAGAAAAAGAGAGGAAAAAAAAAAACCGGCCUUGUUUUCCUCUUGACGUUUUUUAUUUUUGGUUGUUAGACCAAAGCGCAUAGCAGCACACAGGAGCGAAACUUCACCAUGGAAACCAUUAUACCCAUCAAUCCUGUACAACUAAAAUAUGAGCAUCACAGCAGCUACAGUUUUAGGCUCU